AUGACCAUCGAGAGGAUCUGUUGUGUAGGCGCCGGGUAUGUGGGAGGGCCCACCUGUACGGUCAUCGCCAGCAAGUGUCCAAACGUGAGGGUCUGUGUGGUGGACACAAACGCCGACAGAAUCGCGAAAUGGAAUUCAGACGAACUGCCCAUUUAUGAGCCCGGUCUCGACGAUAUUGUGCGCAAAUGUCGCGGAAAUAACCUCUUCUUCUCGAUCAACAUCAAGGAGGAGAUCGAAAAGGCGGACAUUAUCUUCAUUUCGGUCAACACACCGACCAAAACGUUUGGCUUCGGGAAGGGAAAGGCGGCCGAUCUCCAGAACCUGGAACACGUCGCCAGACUUAUAGCCAAUUACUCCAACAAAAGCAAAAUAGUGGUCGAGAAGAGUACAGUUCCCGUCCGGGCGGCCGAAAGUAUUAACCGAAUACUGACGGCCAACACAAGGCCUGGCAUUCGGUUCGAUGUGCUCUCGAAUCCGGAAUUCUUGGCCGAAGGGACGGCCAUCGAAGACCUCCUAAAUCCGGACCGAAUCCUCAUCGGUGGCGAAGAGACACCGGAGGGUCAGAGAGCUAUCAAGUUGUUGUGUUCCAUAUAUUCCAAUUGGAUCCCAAAGGAGAAGAUCAUCACCACUAAUACCUGGUCCUCGGAAUUGUCUAAAUUAGCCGCCAAUGCAUUCCUGGCGCAGAGGGUCUCCUCGAUUAACGCCAUUUCAGCCAUUUGUGAGGCAACCGGCGCUGAUGUGUCAGAAGUGGCCCAUUCUGUGGGCUCUGACACUCGCAUCGGCGCCAAGUGUCUCAAAGCUGGUGUCGGUUUCGGUGGCAGUUGUUUCCAAAAGGAUGUCUUGAAUUUGGUUUACCUCUCGGAAUGUCUUAAUUUGCCAGAAGUGGCCGAUUAUUGGCUUCAGAUAAUCGAAAUGAAUAACUUCCAGAAGAGACGAUUCGCGUUAAGAAUCAUUGAGUGUCUCUUCAAUACGGUUACGGCUAAGAAGAUAGCGGUCUUAGGCUUUGCCUUCAAGAAGAAUACGGGUGACACUCGCGAGUCGCCCGCCAUUUUGGUCUGCAAGUACCUCCUCGAAGAAGGCGCCAAACUAUGCAUAUAUGACCCAAAAGUGCCCAAGCAACAAAUAUACACUGAUUUAAGAUCUGCCGACAGACUCGACGACGAGAGACUCAUCGAAGUGGUCGACAGUCCGUACAAAGCCACGGAAGGCGCUCACGCCAUGGUUUUCUGUACCGAAUGGGACGAGUUCUUGAAAUUGGAUUUCAAGCGAAUGUAUGACCAGAUGCUGAAACCGGCCUUUGUUUUCGACGGUCGGAAGAUCGUGAACGUCGAGGAACUUCAAUCAAUCGGCUUUCACGUGGAGACCAUCGGCAGAAGGACUUCCAAACCGUUUAAGACUAGGAUCAAUCGAUACAUAUCUCACGAUUAAUUACUAUUUAUCACCUUUUAAGCUGAAAACUAAUAAUUUAUUUUUCAAUUUCGAGUUUUAAUUUUAUAUACAUUUUUAUAAUUUUAUUAUUUCUAAUUGCAUUUAUCGUAUGUUUUAAUUUGCGGUCCAAACUCGAGAUUCAAUGCUUGAUUGCCAUUGAAUGUCAAUCCUAUCAUGUCUUCUGUAUUACGGUAUAAGUUGUGCC